UAGCAAAAAACACUUACAUAUACAAUGAAGGAAUAUUUAGCUGAACAUGGCGAUGUUAUCAAAUUUAUACUCAAUGCUAGUGCUUGUUUGCAUCUCAGUGCUGUACCACGAACGAGUGCGUGCAUAUUGUACCAUAAAGUGAUCAAACAGAAGAAAGAGCGAAGAGAGAAUGAUCUCGACAAAUAUCUUAUCGCUGCUACAUGUUUGUAUAUAGCCGCCAAACUUGAAGAAGAACCCCAAAAGGUUCGUGAUGUCGUAAAUGUUUGUUACCGCCUUACUCAUCCUGACAAAGAACCCUUGGAAAUAGGCAAGUCAUAUUGGAAUCUUCGAGACAGUAUCACAACAUGCGAACUUAUAUUGAUGAGAUUGUUUCAAUUCAACCUCUGCUUUGAAACACCUCAUAAGUACCUUCUUCAUUUCAUAAAGUUACUUCGGGAUUGGAGCGAUGACAUUCAGCGUUGGAAAAAAGUUAAUGUUUCACAAAUCUGCUGGAAUCUUUUAAAUGACUCAUGCCGUCUUCCUCUGAUUGCAGAAUGUCGUCCGGAGUUUGUAGCUACUGUUAUAAUUUUCAUCUCGCUGAAAACUACCUUGCUCGAUGUACAGGAAAGCGAAGAAGGAAAACACUGGUAUGAGGUAUUUUCUCCUGGCACCACUAGUGAACAGUUGGAGCGUAUUUCCUGUCAAAUACUGGAGAUGUAUGAAUAAUCAGUUGCUACAACGAAGGAGAGCUUACAGUGUAUCCGACGUAAGGAAGAAAACGAAACAUUACGCGGUUGUUGUACCAAAGUUCAAAUCCAAAAGAUGACAGACAUUGAGAAAGACAAGGAUUAUAUUCGUACAAGUAUACUUCAGGUUCCUCUACGCACCUAGUCUACCAUUUCUAUAAAUUACAUAUUCAUUACGUCAUCACAACUUUAUUCAAUAAAUAUUCUUCCUGCUAAUAACUAUGUGGACUCUCCUCCACUUGUUUAAAUUAUCAGUAAUUUCAUUAUUUAAACUUGAAAAAUGAAAUCAACAAGUGGGAAGAGCGGCAUAGUGAUUUGGUGUCAUACGCUUUAUUAAACUUUACCACAGUUUAAAACAUUGUAUGUAUUCAUUCUUUAGGUAUCAAGUAAUGAGAUUACUUUCUACUCCUUUUAAUCUCAUUAAAAAUUUUCA